AUGUGCGGUGUCGUUCUAGUCGUUGAAGAAAGUAGUUCGAGUUAUCGUUUGUCGGACGUGAAACCACUAGCUUCUAUGGUAGACUGUACGUCCGACAUAGAUAUUGGACUCAGCUGUGCUUUAUCCCGUCGAGGACCUGAUGCGUGUGCCACGUUCAAUCACGCCAGCCACAAGUUUUGUAUUCGCUUAACAGCUGCGAUAUUGCAGCUCAGAGGCGAAGAGAUGGUAGACAGCCCUUUGAUGGUAGCUAAUGAUUGUGCGAUGGCAUUCAAUGGUGAAAUUUAUAGUGGUCUACCUUAUCAAGACUCUACUCAACGUGACGCAGCACUCUUAUUUCGAGCACUGGGUGAUGCCAAAGAAGAAAGCUCGAAGAUAGAACUUUUGUCUGGCGUGCGGGGUCCUUGGGCGAUUGUAUAUUUUGAUAUGAAAAACGAGAAUAUUUUGAUCGGAAAAGAUAUCUUUGGAAGGAGAAGUCUUUUGCUACACAUCCCUGAUCACCAUGAUAGGCGCUUGAUUGUAUGCUCGACUGGCGCAUCCAAACACUGCAGCGUGAAGUUUUGGACCGAGAUUGGUUGCGGUGUGCACCGCAUAGACCUAAGAGCCCCAACGCUAGAAGUGAUAAAGCUAGACUGGAAGCAUAACGUCGCCACUACAUGCGGGAUGCUCGGUGAAGAAUGUAGGCAGCUACCAACCUUUCUCUCAAGCCUGCACAGCAAGUGCUCACUGCGUUCGUUCAUGCGGUUGCUCGAUCGUUCAAUGGAAAUCAGGGUAACGAUGAACUCUCGGAAGGAGUUAUGCGCACCCCCACAUGAUAAGAUGGCUCAGGUUCUUGUUCUCUUCUCAGGGGGGCUCGACAGCACAACCAUCGCGUCGUUGGCUCACAGACAUGUCCCUGCCGGUGAAGUCAUCGACCUUUGCAGCGUCUGUUUUCGAGAUGGAACCUCUCCGGAUCGAUUAGCUGCUAAGGAUGCUUUAACAGAGCUAAGGUCGAUUUCACCUGGCAGAGUAUGGCGAUUUAUCGAGGCAGACGUGAGUGUGGAAGAGGUUCUCAGGCAUUUCUACCACAUUCGUUCACUCAUUCAACCACAAAAUAGCACCAUGGCUUACAACAUUGGAGUGGCCCUAUGGUUUGCGUCGCGAGCGAAAGGAACCGCUACGCUCUACAACGUACAUGGACCAAUUGAAAUAUCUAGGAAUUACAUAUCGGACGCAAGAGUUGUUCUCUUGGGUCACGGUGCUGAUGAAGUCCUUGGUGGGUAUCGUAGACAUAGAACUGCUUUUGAGCAAGGUGGGAUGAUCUCUCUUGCGAGAGAAAUUAAAUUGGAUAUAGACCGUCUAUGGAUUAGAAAUCUGGGAAGAGAUGAUCGCGUUGUGUCAGAUUCAGGUCGAGAGGGUAGGUAUCCUUUCCUUGAUGAAGAGCUUGUGCGUUCGGUAACAACCAGUUCUUUUCGCGGUGUAUUCAACUUUAGUCUUCCACCAGGUCAGGGCGAUAAGCUUAUCCUUCGAAAGACAGCGUGCCACCUCGGCUUAUUGCAUACUUCGAGAAGGCCCAAAUGCGCGCUACAGUUUGGGAGCAAAGUUAAUCGCUUUGAGAGUGAGUUGAAACUACGAAAUAGUGCCGACGAAGCAGCGUGUAAAAGUGAUUGA